AUGAAGAUACACGAAUACAACAGAAGUAUAGGUGGAAGUCUUGGUGGAAGUAGAAAUCAAAUACUUCCAUAUUAUGUCAUGCAAUCUUUAGGAAAAUUCCCAGGUUUGCCGGGAUUAUGCGUUUCUGGUAUAUUUAGUGCAUCAAUUAGCACAAUAUCAUCCGGUGUUAACUCGUUAUCCGCUGUAACAUUAGAAGAUUUCAUUAAACCAUAUUGUUGCAGCGGGCGUUUAACAGAAUCUAAGGCCUCUUACAUAAUGAAAAUCUUAGUGCUAGUAUAUGGACUUUCUUGUAUAUUGCUCUCAUACUUGGUAGAGCAGCUGGACGUUCUGAUGCAAGUUUCAGUUACCAUUCUUAGUGUACUUGGAGGACCAAUCUUUGGAGUAUUUACGUUAGGAAUGCUGUUCAUUAGACCAAACGAGAAGGGUGCCGUUACUGGUGUCGUUAUAUCGAGCGUACUGUUUUUAUGGCUAGGAAUAGGGAAUAACUUAGCACAGUUCAAAACUACAAAAUUACCACAGACAAUUAUGGAAUGUGAUAACGUAACUCAAGCUAUUAAUAUGACAAUAAGUCAUAAUUUUACAUACGUGGACGAGAGAGAUAUAUUUCCAUUAUACAAAAUAUCUUACUGGUGGUUUGCAGUUUUCUCUACUGUUUUAACUGUAAUUAUUGGCUAUUUUGUCAGCUUAAUUACUGGACCAAAGAAAACUGUUGAAAAAGAAUUAUUAACUCCAGCGGCGAGAUGGUUAUACGGUUACAAUAAAUCGAAUCUUGAAAAAGAAUUAAAAAUGGAAGUUUUUCAAGAUUCAACGCAUCAUAUGUAAAAGACUAAGAAGAUAUUUAAUUAUAAUUAAAAUUUUUUCAAUUUAUUGUAAAUUACAAUUAAAAUUUUUUGAAUUUAUUGU